GACGAGCAGGAUCUGCUCAAAGAGACAUUCCUCGAGACGUCGCCCAUACUGUUAGGCCUGACGGUGUUGGUGUCCAUCACGCACAGCGUGUUCGAGUUCCUGGCCUUUAAAAACGACAUCCAGUUCUGGAAGAACCGGCGCUCUCUGGAGGGCCUGUCGGUGCGGUCGGUGUUCUUCAACGUGUUCCAGUCGGUGAUAGUCUUGCUGUACGUGUUGGACAACGACACCAAUAUGGUCAUCAAGUUCUCGGUGGGCAUCGGGCUGUUGAUCGAGUUGUGGAAAAUCAAGAAAGUGAUGAAUAUAGAGGUGGACACCGAGCACCGGCUGUUUGGGCUCAUACCUCGCGUGUGGUUCAGUGAUAAGGGCUCGUAUGUCGACUCGUCGACCCGUCAGUUCGAUCUGUUGGCGUUCCGUUACCUGUCGUGGGCUCUGUUUCCACUACUGGUCGGGUAUUCCGUAUACUCACUGCUCUAUAACGAGCAUAAGGGCUGGUAUUCAUUCGUGUUGAAUAUGAUUUACGGCUUUUUGCUCACAUUCGGCUUCAUAAUGAUGACCCCUCAGCUGUUCAUCAACUACAAGAUGAAAUCGGUGGCGCACCUGCCGUGGCGUAUGCUGUCCUACAAGUUCCUCAACACGUUCAUCGACGACAUCUUCGCCUUUGUCAUCAAAAUGCCGACAAUGUAUCGGUUGGGCUGCUUCCGGGACGACAUCAUAUUCUUGAUAUUCCUGUACCAGCGCUGGAUCUAUCGCGUGGACCACUCCCGGGUCAACGAGUUCGGGGUGAGUGGGGACGACCUCAAGGCUGCGGCUGAUGGGACUCUCACUGCCGGGGGGGCGCCGGUAGACGCGAUCGCUGGUGGCAGUGGUGGUAGUGAUGGGACUGUAGGUGCCGUGGAGUCGACGACCACUGAUACUAAUAGUGAAGACAAGAAAAAUAAAUAGACAUUAAAAAUGAGUGUAUUUUUUGUUUUAGUGUUUUUUUAUUAUUUAAAUACAAAUAACAAACGAAAAAAGUAUUUAUUUAAUUGUAAUUUGGAAAACAGAAAAAGAUUUAUAAUUUUUUCAAUUUUUAAGUGAAUUUUUUAAUAUAAAAUGUUUUGUUUGUUUAGAUGAGAGAGAAAAGUGUGAAAAGUUUUUUAUUAUUUCAAUUGAAUUAAACACAAAUAUAUAAGAAUUUAAUUUUGAUUAUAAAUUUUGAUUCAACAAAAAAAUUGUAUUUCAAAUAAACGGAUGAAUUAAAAAUAAAAAGCAAAAAAUAGUGAUUCA